GUCCAACUCGUGGCUGUUGUCAUUAGUGCUGUCAACUGCGUGCUAUGCGUUUAGGGGAGACAUUUGAGAUGGGCAUUAAGUACCUCAAGAAAGGUGACCCGCAGCCGCCGCCAGUGGAGGCUGGCAAGCUGCGACUCUACUCCAUGCUGUACUGCCCGUACGCACAGCGGGCGCGGCUCGUCCUGGCUGCCAAGGGCGUCCCCUUCGAAAUGGUGGACAUCAACCUGAAGAACAAGCCGGAGUGGUACAGCAAAGUGCAUCCGGAGGCAAAAGUGCCAGCCCUAGAGAUGGGUGGCGGCGAGGUGGUCGUCGAGUCCCUCGACAUAUCGGACUACCUGGACCAGAAGUUCCCAGAACCACCCCUGUGGUCUACUGACCAGGAUAAGAACCUUCACCACAAGCAGCUACUGGAGACUUUCGGGAAGCUGGAGGGGCUCUUCAUGGAGGCUAUACGUGCAAAAGACUCUCAGGCGCUGGAGGGUAUCCUACUAAAUGUGGCUCCCAUCCUACAACUAUUCGAGGAUGAACUGGCAAAAACUAGAUCGCAGUUCUUUGGAGGAAAUCGUCCUGGCAUGCUGGACUACAUGAUCUGGCCGUGGGCAGAACGCUGUGCAGCCGUGCCUGCUCUACUUACUGGCGUUACCUUUCCCACAGAACACGUCCCUCGAAUUAUGGCGUGGGGAGCAGCAAUGAUGCAGGACCCGGCGGUGAAGUUGUCAGCUAUGUCUGCAGAAGCACACGCCAACUUCAUCAAGAAGUAUGUGGACGGCAGCCUUGAUAUGGAUAAGCUGUAGAAGACGUGGCCCAUUGUUUGGACGUGCCUUUUGCAAAAAUACUCCAAUUGCAUCUGUUGUAGCAUG